GUAUCCUUCAGGUAUCUUGAGAGAGAGAGAGAGAGAGAGAGCUGGUGACACUUGUCGUCGCCUCUCUGACUCACACUUUAACGUCAGCUCGGGUCGGGUCCGUGUUGGUGGAGGGUUGGUUGCGGUUUACCUUCCUUUGCUUUGUACAGUUUACAUUAUGGCGGCCGCGGAUCCCCGGUCCUCGAGUGACGGCGGGCCGGCCAGCAGAGGAGGAUUCCCGGCGGGGGAGAGCAGCAACGACCGCGACGGGCCGGGCGGCGGAGGCGGCGGAGGAGGAGGAGGAGGCGGUGGCAGCGGGGAAGGAGAACCGGAGAGAGACCGGGCGACGUUCGAGUGCAACAUUUGUUUGGAUACUGCCAAGGACGCUGUCAUCAGUAUGUGCGGACACUUGUUCUGCUGGCCCUGUCUUCAUCAAUGGUUGGAGACGCGGCCCAGCAGGCAGCAGUGUCCCGUCUGUAAAGCGGGCAUCAGCAGAGAGAAAGUCAUCCCACUGUACGGCCGAGGGAGCUCCAGCCAAGAGGACCCCAGGUUGAAAACUCCUCCGCGGCCUCAGGGACAGAGAACAGAGCCAGAGAGUCGAGGCGGGAUGUUUCAGGGUUUCGGGGACACCGGCUUCCACAUGUCUUUCGGCAUCGGUGCGUUCCCCUUCGGCUUCUUCACCACAGUCUUCAACACCAACGAGCCCUUUCACAGAACAGACCAGUAUGCAGGUGAUCACCAAGGCAACGCUAACCUCAACAACGGCAAUAACAACUGGCAAGACUCCCUCUUCCUGUUUGUCGCCAUCUUCUUCUUCUUCUGGCUGCUGAGCGUGUGACGGAGACCGGACGGGGAAAAAAACAAAACACAAACUCUGACACACUUUAACCUGAACCACACACACACACACACACACACACACACACACACACACACUCAUUUUUACAUUUCCUAGCAGGUACUUAAUUGGGAGGGAAAGCAGGGGGAAACAUAUAUAUAUAGAAAUGGGAGAUUUUGGGGUAGUCUCCUCCUGACAAAAGGCAGAUUCACUUUAGCCCCGCCCACCUGCUUUGAUGUUUUGUUUAUGCAAGUAACACACACUGGGAAGUAGAGUUGGGAUGUGUCCCAAAAUGAAUGAUGUAAGCACUCCAUUUCUACAUGCGUCUGUAGAUAUAUGCACAUGGAACAAUACAAAGUGUACAAGCUCACUGAUUGGCUGAAGAGACAGUAUUAUGAGAUCAAGGUGAGAGAAAAAAUCUUUUUUGUUUUUUUAUCCAUGCAGAAAAAAACAAGUGGAGGACAUUUUGGGACAAAUUUCUUAUUGUUUUUUUUAUUCCUCUUGAAGGAGUCUCUGAAUUAUUCUUUAAUAAAAAAAAGAGGAAUGAAGUUUAAAGGCUUUCUAUGUGAUUUUUCACACUUAAAUAGAAAUCAAGUAUCUCCUCUGAAAAUAACUCAAUGGGUGUAACACCCGAGUCCCACUGUCUGUGAUGUUUUCAGUUUUCAGAGUCCUAUCUUCACUUUGUUUACAUCGCCUGGACGGCCGGCUGACUCCUCCCCUCACGUAUAAAAGUUGUUUAAUUGAGGGACUAGAGAAAAGAAGAAUAACAUACUGUACUCACUGCUUAACUGUGUUUCUAGAUCACGCUCAUUUCAGGUAAAUUUACAUGCAGUGUGAAGAUACGAGCAUAAUAAAGAUCGCUAGCAUUAGCAUGCUAACACAAUAAUGCAGCGCGAGUUGUUUUGGUUUCAUGCUGGUGCUCAAGGGCGACAUCUGCUGGAUCAAAAAAUCACAUAUAAAGCCUUUAAAGUGGGUUCAAAGUAAAACAGAAUAAAAAAAAAAGGAGUGUGGAGAAAACGUCCUUUAAAAAGGCCAAAGAGUAGCAAAUCAGUCAGAUACAAAGAGGGGGCAAAACGAUGUCAUUGAAUGAAGUUGCCGUUUACAGUUUGGGAUGAAAAAGUACUAAUUUUGAAGCCUAACUCUUGACAGUGGUAAUAGCACAGCUGGAUGCAUUUUCUAUACACUUGUCUUAACAAAAACUACCAUUGCACUGUGAAGUCAUUUUGUAGACGGAGCUGUCCUGAAGGUGGAGCGUCGGCUGGGGUCGAACCCACUCUCUCUCUCUGUGUCUCGUUUUGUUGGCCAGUGUGGGAGAUUUUCACGAGCAAUUUGGGAGACUUAAAAAAAAAACAACAUCCUGACACAGAUGGAAAAAAAGAUCUUGCUCGUAAAGUAGCUCAGAGAGAGAAGGGUCCUUCAGCCGAGAGGUCAAAAGGUCAGCACAC